UGAGGUUAUCUCGCGGUGGAAUCAUGCGAAUGUUUUGUUUGUUCUUCUGAAAAAGUGGAAGGAAUAAAUAAAAAUUGUAUGUUAUCCGUGGUAUUUAAGUAUAGUUUAUAGAUUUAUUAAUGCUUCGUCAAAGAAAACGUUUAGAUAUUGUUAAGAACUUGGAUGCAUAUCCACAAAUUCGCGAGAAAUACACAAAAACAACUAAAAUUGGAGGAACACUUUCCAUUAUAAGUCGCACAGUAAUUCUGUAUUUGAUCUGGAAGGAGAUCAAUUACUAUCUUGAGAGCAAACUCAUCUUCAAAUUUACUCCAGAUGCGGAUUUGGAUGCAAAACUUCAAAUAAAUAUUGACCUCACAGUUGCAACACCUUGUGCGAGAAUUGGAGCUGAUAUCCUUGAUUCAACACACCAGAAUGUCUUUUCAUUUGGGAGCCUUGAAGAAGAGGACACAUGGUGGGAAUUGGAUGGAAACCAGCUAGCGCACUUCCAAUAUGUGAAGCAUCUUAAUUCAUAUUUGAGAGAAGAAUAUCACUCUUUGGCACAUAUUCUUUACAAAAGUAACUCCUGGAACUAUGAAUCUCUACCCGUGAGGGAAACAAAACCCAAUAGACCAUUCGAUGCAUGCCGCGUUCACGGAACGCUGACGACAAACAAAGUUUCCGGGAAUUUUCAUAUAACAGCUGGGAAGAGUAUUCACUUCCCACGUGGACAUAUUCAUCUGAGUUCCAUCUUUGACGACACACCGCUCAAUAUGUCUCAUCGUAUCAAUAGAUUCAGCUUUGGACCUGUCUCACCAGGAAUUGUUCAUCCACUUGAGGGAGAUGAGAAAAUUAUUGAUGAUAGCACAACUAUGGCACAAUACUUCCUGGAAGUUGUCCCCACGGAUAUUCAUUCAUUUGUUGGCAGCACCAAGACAUUCCAGUACUCCGUGAAAGAGAAUUUUCGACCAAUCGACCAUGAUAAGGGCUCUCAUGGAAUUCCUGGACUCUACUUCAAGUACGACGUGUCAGCCCUCAAAGUGAUUGUUCGCUACGAUCGUGACAAUGUUGGGCAGUUUAUUGUGCGACUUUGUUCUAUUAUUUCGGGUAUCGUUGUGAUAUCCGGCUUUGUAAAUCACAUCCUCCAAAUGUGCUGGGGCUUCUUCCGUCGCAAUGACGAUGCAGUGCACAACGGCAAAACAACCAUCGAGACUCUCUGAAAUUUGAAGCUACACACCACAAUGGCCACGAUUCCCAGGACAAACGAGUAGUUAAUAUAAGUAUGUGAGUGUAUAAUCUUUUAAUAUAUAUUUUUAUUAUAAAUUUACAACAUAAAACU